AUGGUAGAUGCUCUGUUCUUUGUCUAUAAAAGAGUCUUAAGUUCUCUGUUAUGGGAAACCCACAAACCUACAUACACAUAUACAAAGAACACAGAAUUUUUCUUGGGAACAGAAAUGGGAUCAUCCUUGUGGUGCUUCUUUUCUGUGCGUUAUAUUACACUCUUGUUGCUCAUUAAUGCUGCAUGCUGUUUUUCUUUUGUACAAACGCAGACACUUUGCCACGAUGAUGAGCGCUCUGCCUUGUUGCAAUUCAAAGCUAGUUUCACGGUAAACAAGUCUGCUUCCCAAGAUCCUUUUGCUUAUCCGAAAGUUGCAUAUUGGGGUAGGCUAGAAGGAGAUCCUCAAAGGAGUAACUGUUGUUCAUGGGAUGGUGUUGAAUGCAACCACGACUCUGGCCAUGUUAUUGGCCUUGACCUCGCCAGCAGCUAUCUUCAUGGUUCCAUCAACUCCAACAGCAGUCUUUUUCAACUUGUUCAGUUGCAGAGGCUUGACCUCUCUGACAACAACUUCAGCUACUCUCAAAUACCAUCCAGUUACGAGUCUCAUCUCAAAAUGUCCAACUUCGGAAGCCUAGUUCAGAACUUGACCAACAUAAAACAACUUCAUCUUAGUUGGGGCCAAUUCCCAGUAGGCAUUUUCCACCUACCAAACUUGCAAGUACUUGAUUUGGCCAAUAACGAGUAUCUAAACGGUUACUUUCCUGAUGAGCUUAACAAGAGCAGUCCCUUGAAGAUACUGGAUCUUUUCGACACCGAUUUCUCUGGUCAUCUACCUGCUUCAAUCGGAGACCUUCGUGCCUUAAAUUUGUUGAACAUAGGAUUAUGUACCUUUUAUCCUCAUGUUCCAUCUUCACUUUCCAACCUUACCCACCUCAAUUUCCUUGAUCUUUCCUAUUUUUCCAACAAGGGAAAUUUCAGUGGCCAAGUUACUGAUUCCUGGUCUUGGGUCGGAAAGCUGACCAAACUUAACUAUUUGUCCCUUGUUGAUACCAACUUAAGGGGAGAUUUCCCAUGUUUUUUGGCUAAUCUGACGCAACUUGUGGAAUUAGACUUGAGCGAAAAUCAAAUUGGUGAAAUCCCAUCUUCUUUGGCUAAUCUGACACAACUUUCAAUAUUACACUUGCGCCAGAAUCAAAUAACUGGUGAAGUCUCAUGUUUUUUGGCUAAUCUGAAACAGCUUUCAGAAUUACGCUUGUACCAAAAUCAAAUAACUGGUCAAAUCCCAUCUUGCCUUGGGCAGUUGACCCAUUUAACUUCGUUAGACGUACAAUUCAACAAUCUGCAAGGAACAAUUCCCAGGUCACUAUUCGACCUUAGAAAUCUCGAAUAUAUAUACCUCGACUCAAAUAACUUGAGUGGGUAUGUUGAAUUCGAUGAGUUUUCCAAGCUCGAAAAGUUGAGGGGACUUUCUUUGUCGCAUAACAAGUUAUCUGUGCAGAUGAAAAAAGGAUUUAGUGCUAUUCCUCCAAAGCUUCAAGUACUAGGAUUGGGUUCAUGCAACUUAACAGAGUUUCCGGAAUUUCUGAAAUACAGUACUAGUAAACUGGUGGAUCUAGAUCUAGCUGAUAAGAAUCUUCAGGGCCAAAUACCAAAAUGGAUAUGUAAUUCAGCUCGUGAAACUUUGAGGUUUUCUCAACCUCUCCCACAACCACUUCACUGGAUUUCAAGAAAAUCGAGUCAUCAUUCCAUGGCCUCGGUUAAAGUCUUUAGAGCUCGACUCUAA